GGACGAGUAAAGGAUGUGACCUGAUCAGCCAAGAGAAUAUAUUAAAAUUUUGUAAAUGGAUUUUUUAAUGAAUAAUACUAUAAAAAUUUUCUUAUGGAAUCACGGCCUUUUCCUCCAUUCUUCCGGUUUCAGUUUUACUGGGUCCGCGGAGCGGGUUACGUAGAAGCUGCGACGGGUGGAGGCUCGAGACAGCGGAUCGGGGCAUGCGCAGAAGCCGUGAUGGGUAGCGAGUAGCAAGAAUAGCGUUGCUCUUCCAUUGUUAGCAGCUCUAGCCGGAUCUCAUUUCGGAUUCAAAUUUCGUGUUCUCUGUCAUUAUUCUUGAGACUGAAUGUCUUCGGCGGUGGUCCCCUUUACCCUCUCCUCCCCGGCAGCGGCCAUCCGAGGAGACCCCAAGCAGAAGCAUGGAGUUGGAAUGAAGGCUGGCAAUCUUUUGUUUCGGCGGAAGCUGUCAAUAUUUAUGGGCCUUAGUGGAAGUAGUAUACAAACUUCUGGUUUUGAGGUCAAGACUGCUGCGAAAUAUAAUAAGGAUGAGCAAGAGCAACUUAACCAUGAGCCACCGAAUCCAUAUCCAACUGAGGAACUGGUUGAAAGACCAGAUAUGGGCGUGCAUAUGCAAAAGGAAGGAUCGCUUCCGCCAAAAAAGAGUGCAAAAAUACAUGACUUUUGUUUGGGCAUCCCUUUUGGUGGUUUUGUCUUUGGUGUUGGCCUUCUUGGAUUUCUAUUCUCAAGAAAUUCUGCCAGUGUAACUACAGGUAUGCUGUUUGGGGGUGCUAUACUCGCCCUCGGCACAUUUAGCCUCAAAGUCUGGAGGAAAGGACAAUCCAGCUCUCCAUUCAUACUGGGGCAAGCAGCCAUUGCUGCGGCACUUCUUGGGAUGCAUUUCCGGUUGUAUUCCUUGACAAAGAAACUCUUCCCUUCGGGAUUUUUUGUUUUAAUGAGUGCUGCAAUGAUAUGUUUCUAUUCAUAUGUGCUGAUAUCUGGAGGAAACCCACCACCAAAGAAGUUGAGAGUUGCUCCACCAUCAUAACUCCUGUAAGCAAUUUUCUUUUCUUGCUUUUCCUGGGACAUACGUGUCAGAGUUGAGAGAUGUGGUGUGUGCUUAACUUGUGGAGAACAUAGUUGUCUAAAGUUCUAUGACAGUGUAUCAGCAAUAUAUUUGUAGGAAGAUUUUACAACUGAUAAUAGUUUAUAGAUAUCUAGGAUGAAAAUUUAAAAUGAAUUUGCAAGGUAGUGUGAUUACAGAAAUUGAUGCAAUUGCAGAGUUCAUUGGACCGAGUAAGUUUAUAAACUUGCUGGUUGGAAAGUAAGAUUUUAGUUAUGCCUGUACUGGCUUUUUA